AGAAACUGACAAUUGUGCUUGACAUAAAUAUUAUCAAAAUAAUUAACCACAAAGUUCUGUAAAAUUAACAUUUUUAAUAAUUAAUUAAUUUUUAUAAAAAUGUGUUUUGAAUACGUCAGUUUAAAAUUAUUGAAAUUUUUAGAGCCUCGUUAAAGUGUUGUAUUCAUUGUCAAUAAAAAAAAAAAAAUAUAUAUAUAUAUACAAUAUUUAACCAGCUAUUGAAUACAGUGAGGUUAUUUUAAACUGUCAAAAUAAUAUUUGAGAUAUAUAAAAAGAAUGGAGUUUGCCGAGAUUAUUUUAGUUCAUCAAGUCGACAAUGUCAUCUUGACAGAUAAAACUGACGAGAAUAGAAAAGGAUGUAGUUUAGAAGGCACAUUAUGCAUUACUGGACAUCAUUUUAUCUUGUCAUCCAGACAGGAAGAUCAUCAGGAACUUUGGUUACUCUACCGGAACAUCGAUGUAAUGGAAAAGAAAACAUACAAUCAAAUAGGGGGAGGAAGUAUUAUUUUUAAAUGCAAAGAUUUUCGCAUCUUUCAAUUGGAAAUAGGUUCUAGUGAUGACUUAAACAACGUAGUACAAUCUUUAGAAAAACUUCUAUUAUUAGGACAAACAUCGCAAUAUCCUUUUUUCUAUAGACCGCAAAUGAUUAAUAAUUCAAAGGUACAAGUUGAAGAUGGAUGGACUGCUUUUGUGCCCGUUUCCGAAUGGUCUAGAUUGUUAGCCGCUCACGCCGAUGAAUGGCGUAUCAGCUAUUUAAAUCGAGAUUACAAUGUUUGUAGCUCAUAUCCAUCGUCAGUUAUUGUACCUCGUCAUGUAGAAGACAAUGUUAUUAUUGCGUCUGCCAAUUUUAGAGAUGGUGGCAGAUUUCCUGUUCUUUGCUACAGACACGAUGGAGGGAGUAUUUUAAUCAGAAGUGGUCAACCAAUGUGUGGAGCUAGUGGGAAAAGGUGUAAAGAAGAUGAAAGACUUUUGAAUGCAGUUUUGGGUCCUGGCAGACGCGGGUAUAUAGUAGACACAAGGUCUUCUACCCAAGCCCAAAGUGCAAGGGCUAGAGGUGGAGGAACUGAAAUUGAUGCUGCCUAUGCACAGUGGCGGAAAGUCCACAAACCUGUUCAACGACCAAGUGAUUUAAUGGAUAGUUUAAGUAAAUUAAUCGAAGCGUGCACAGAUACUGGAUGUUCUACUUCUCAGUGGCUUUCUCGAUUAGACAACAGCUCUUGGCUAUCAGGAAUUCAAAGUGCUCUAAAUGCCGCCUGUGUAGCUGCGCAGUGCCUUCACCACGAAAUUGCGGCAGUUUUGGUCCACGGCAGUAGUGGACGUGAUUCCACAUUAGUUGUAACAAGUUUAACACAAGUGAUAUUAAAUCCGGACUGUCGGACCGUAAGAGGUUUGGAAGCUUUAAUCGAACGAGAGUGGCUUCAAGCGGGUCAUCAAUUUUAUACUCGCACUCGUCAUGGAGCCUAUUUUAAUUCUCAUGGACAAAAUGUACAACACGCGCCAACAUUUCUACUCUUUCUCGAUUGCCUUUAUCAACUUCACUAUCAAUUUCAAUUUAGUUUUGAAUACACGACUGAUCUACUCGUAGAACUUUUUAAGAACGCUUAUUAUUCUAAUUAUGGCACUUUUCUUGGUGAUUCUGAAGCAGAAAGAUAUCGUUUAAGACUUUCGGAACGUACUUGUAGCUUUUGGUCUCACAUAAAUCAACCAGACAUUCUAGAAAAAUGGUUAAAUCCACUUUAUGAACCAAACGCCGGAGUAAUUUGGCCGAGCAUUGCUCCAAUCAGUAUCCAACUUUGGAAAGAAUUGUAUUUAGCUCAUACAAGUGCUGCGCCUUGGACGGGAAUGUUACAAUGUGUUAAGGACGUAAAACAGAAUCAUACUGGUGUUCGCAAAAUUGCAGGACAAUUACAAAAUCAAAUUAAGCGUAUUUUAGAAGAGAUUAAGUCUGACUCAAGUGUUUCUGUUGAUUCUGAUAAUCAGGAGGAACACACUCGAUUGGCGCAAUUGAAUCUCGAAUCCCAAAGCACUUGAUAAUACAUAGAUACUGGAACCUAUUAUUAUUAAUAGUUUUACUUGAGUAUAUAUAUUUCCAAAAAUAUUCUUAAAUCAGAGAAAUGGGAAUGAAAAGAGCAUAUCGUAAUGUAUUAAUUUUUCUACGUAUGAGUUAUGGAGUGGCUCAAUAAAAGUGUUACAUAAAAAUCAGUGGAUCUAAGUAAA